AUGCCCUUGAUGCCACAUAUGAUUUCAGGCAAAUACUUAAGUCUAUAUCAUAAUGCCUCCGAAGACUCAGCCAAACAGAAAAGGCUCCCCUUACCUAUGAUCACGGCCAAUCCUUCAAACAUGCCAGACGUAGACAUUGGGGAACCUGGCGUUGAUGAGCCUCAAAAACGUGUCACCAAGACGGCGCCUCUUACUGCAGAGGAACACACAUUGGACGACUCUGACGAUGAACCUCCUCACCGAAUACCUAGCCUAGAUGCAUCCAAGGAUGAUAGUCAAUCUUACCACAAGGCCACCAAGAGAUGUGUCACCAAAGCUGCACCCCUCACUGCAGAAGAACGAGCUUUGGACAACUCUGAUGAUGACUCUCUGACAACCACCGCGACCCCAGCUACUCAAGGAGGAUCCAAACGUGGUGUAGCACGUUCAACCUUGUCACACCGAGGUUUAGAGCCCCUUCCCUCGAUUGAUCCAUCCCACGUUCACAGCAAAGAGCAUAAACAUGCCCUUGCCUGGGUGAUACAGCAAGGUAACAAAACCAGGCUCAAGAUGGUCAUCAAAGCUAGUGCAGUUCAUCAACAACUGGAAUCGACUCAAAUCAAAGCGGACCAGGAAUUUUGUAAGGUGGAAUUGUAUGCGAAAGUUUGUAUCAUUGGUAUAUUUAUAUGUCCAACUGAGUAG